AUGGCGGUGAAACGUAUCAUGCUCAAGGAGGAAGAGCGGAACCAGGUUCUACGAGAGAUCGACAUUCUCUUCCGGUGUAGGAGCCCAUAUGUGGUCUCGUAUUUCGGCGUGUUCUUUGAGGAGGGCAAUAUAUCAAUAUGCAUGGAGUACAUGGACUGUGGAAGCUGGGCUGGAAUAUAUCAACAGGCCCUUGCACCCACACCCACCCGAAUCCCGGAAUGGAUCCUACAGUGUAUAUCGGUAGCGGUACUAAAUGGACUGUGUUAUCUCAAGACACAAAAGGUCAUACACAGAGACGUCAAGCCGUCGAAUAUACUCCUCAACUCCAGGGGAGACAUAAAGCUGUGUGACUUCAAUGUGUCAGGUAAUCUCAAGGGGUCUAUGGCGGCCACAUACAUCGGAACAGCAAGAUAUAUGGCUCCAGAACGUAUUGGAAAAUCAGUGAGUUAUGACGUGCGAGUGGACGUCUGGAGUCUAGGACUAGUUCUGGUGGAAUUGGGUAUGGCGUCACCGCCAUACACUGCAGCACCCGCUGCUCCUACUACAGCCAGUAUAAACAACCCAGCAGGCACGCCUACUAAACCCGCGCGAGAUUUUAGUCAAACUCCAUUUGUACUCAUACACAAAAUCAAGAAUGGGCCGCCCCCAUCACUGUGUGAGGAGGAAGGCUUCUCGCACACAUUUUGCAGCUUCGUUAAAGAAUGCUUAAGAAAAGACCCGUUGGACCGUCCGAAGCCAUCACAACUGCUGACUCACGACUACAUAUUAAAUGCACCGGACGUGCGAGAGCGACUGACAAAUUGGAUCGCGGAGCAUCAACUGGGAGAAAAGGCUGAAUUGGGCAGGAUAUCAUAAUUCUCAAAAUUAGCAAUAAAGAAAUCAAGUAAUAGGAAGUGGAUGCAGGUAGCGCAAUACGUGCAAACGGAAUCAGGGUCUGGUGGCAUCGAUGUCCUGAGAUGCCUCGACCUGACCGAUGGCAAAUAAGUGCAAAUUAAAUUGCUAUUGUUCCGUAUUAAAGCAGUCAAAUUAUCG